AUGAAAGCAGAUAAAAAAAGAAACUACACAACAGAAAGAAAUAAACAACAUUAUUUGCGUUCGUUUUAUAUUCAGAAAGAUCACAAUAAGGCUAAGACAGCAAAUUCUUUCUACCAAGAUCUUUUUAUGCAAACAGAAGCAACAAAGAACACUAGUCGACGAUGUCUUGGUAAAAUUCACAUUUCAGACUUCGUUCACGAGUCUCACAUUUGGAGCCUUUCCGCUUUCCUUAUACACAUGAUUAGUUCUGUCUCACAGCAUGUUUCAAAUCAACGGUACGUUGUAACUCGAACUUAUAGCCAUCAUCAUGGAAUCAGCAAUAAACAUGUUUUUCAUGAUAAGUGA